AUGUGGGAGGACAAUAACCCCCUCUCCUAUGAUCGCCGGUCAUCUACCUCUUCGUUCCAUCGUCCUGGACUAUCUCCAGCAGCUUCAGACGACUCCCACGGUGCUGAUCCGCCUGAUUUCUUAACCUACCAGGCUCCCUCUGAACACUCUCAGGAUGACUUUCCACCUCGGAACAAUCUAGAAGACGACGAUGACGAUGAAGGUGAAGAAGAGGAGUAUAGACAACAAAGAAAGCCCACAGGCUAUGGCUCUCGAGUUGAACAAAUGUUAAUGGAAAAUAAGGAUGUUGCUAUCAAGAUUGCCGACGCGGGGAAGAACUCGGAAGGAAGUGGUGGUUACAUUGUGUACACAAUUAGGACCGGGGACCUGGAAGUUCGUCGUCGCUACUCCGAAUUCGAAUCUCUUCGCAAGAAUCUCGCCCUGCUACAUCCCUGUCUUAUCGUACCCCCCAUACCAGAGAAACAUCAAGUCUCCGACUAUGUAGCCGCACCCACGAGCGCUAAAGAAAAUGUUAACAUCAUUGAUCACCGGAAACGUAUGCUGGGGGUCUUUUUGAACCGUUGCGCUAGAAUGCGUGAGAUUCGGGAAGAUAGUGUCUUUCAGAGGUUCUUAGAUUCUAAUGCCAGCUGGAGCGAAGUAUUGAGCUCACCCCCAAUCUCUAAUCUGCCGAAACAACAUUUAAAAGCUCCGCCUCUCGACCCCUCAAACCCCUCACCAGGGCACGCCUUUCUCCCAAUCCCCUCAGCUUCUGCCAGGCUCAAACAAAGCUCUCCUCCCUCAACACCGCAUGGCCCCCGUGAAGGUCAAGCUUUUUCACAAUUCCCGCCACCCAACCACACGCUCUCAGAAUCAGAGCUUGACCCUUACUUUACUACCUAUGAAGCUGCCACCCGAACAUACGAAUCGCUUUUGACUGGCUCUAUUGAGCGUGUCAAUCGCCGUAUUCUUAAAAGAUUAAGUGAACUUUCUCUCGACUAUAGUGAACUUGGCGCUCGCUACAACGCUUUCUCGCUAUCUGAAACUGGCGAUCUUGCUGCUUCAAUUGAGAAAAUUGGGCAAGCGGUUGACUCUUCUUACAUUGCAACAGAAGAGCUUGCCAGGGUCCUUGGCUCUGGUUUUGCUGAGCCUCUCCGCGAGUCAGCACAGUUUGCCGGUGUAGUUCAAAAGGUUCUCCGUUACAGACUCCUAAAGCGUGUCCAAGAAGAAAUGACACGAGACUUACUGACGCAAAAACGCCUACUGCUACAAAGUCUUGAACGCUCUGAAAAGGAAGCGAAAAGAAUUGAACAGUAUCUCCAUGGUGACGAUAUUUCCAAUGGAGAGUCUAGAGGUUCUGGUGGUAGCGUAGAUGGUGGGUUCUCAGGUGAUGACGUGGAAAGCAUUGAUUCUGGUGACUUCCCCCCUACGCAUUCGGAAUCUUCGCCUCCCCCGCAGAGAUCUAAAUCAACCACCCGACCGUCUAGAAAUAGCAUAUCAUCUUCCUCUGCAGGUGCAUCAUCAUCGACUUCACACGCUCACAGAAAAUCUUCUUCCUAUAGUGCUCCGUCUUCUGCUACAUCCAGUGGAAUUGGUAUUAUGGGAGGUGGUAUAGCUGGCGGAAGUGGAUUUCUAGCGAAGGGGUUCGGGAAGCUUAAUUAUGCGAUCCACGGAAUUGUUGACGUAGAUCCUGAAAGAACCAGAAGGGACAACAUCGGGAAAACGCGCGAACAGCUAAGUCAACUCGAGGCUGCAAAAGAGGUGGCCGAGGGAGACGUGAAAGAUGCCAGUAAAGGCGUAUUAAGAGAUUUGAGGCGAUUCCAGAGAGGAAAGGAAGAAGAUUUGAGAGCAAUGAUGAUUGUAUACGCUAAAUGUCACAUUGAGUGGGCCCGUAAGAACCUGGAUAGUUGGGAAAAUGCUAAGGAAGAGGUGGAAAAGAUUGUGGUCAGAUAA